AUGCCAAAAAAUGCCCACGGACCCCGAGGCAAGCCCACAAAGAAGACGGUCGCACCGGAAGAGGAUACUAGCUUCAUCGUCUUUGGCGACGGAAAGCCAAAAAAGAAAAGAGCGGAAACCUCAACCACGAGCGAGGCCGCCCACGGCGAGGGCAAAGCAAAGGGCAAAGCUGCCGCUGGAGAAGGCGAAGACGCACCAAAGAAGCCAGACACCAGGACCCUGAUUGGUGGCGCUUCAUGGACGGGGAAGCUGCCAGUCAACUUACUGCAGGAACACUUUCAAAAACAACACUGGAAUAAGCCAGACUACCGUAUUCGCAAGGAUGGAGACCGACAUUUUGCCUAUGCCGUCGUCAUCUCCAAGCUGAACCAAAAGACUCGAGAGACGACGACGCUACCUGCUAUAAAGAUUCCGCCCGAGCUCGAGGAACAGGCUCAUCAACCCACUGCGGUGGAAGCCCGAAACUUCGCCGCCGCAUACACCCUUUUCCGCGUUGCCAGCGCAAAGAAUCUACACAUGACCCUUCCGCCUACCUACCGAGACUUGUGGAAGAGAGAAUUCGCAGACCUCAAAAAGCAAGACGAGCAGGACGGCAAAGGGUGGAUGUACGAAGCAGACCCCUUCUUCGGCUUCGCUGAGCGCGAGAAGGCCAGGGAAGCAGCAGUCAAGGCACGCGACAAGAGAGCAAAGCAACACGAGGAAUCGCAGAAGGCACAUAAUCUGCAACCCGGCGCAGCUAUGCCGAAUGCCAAGGCCUCCUCGUCCGGCAGGAACGUGACGAAGGGAUGGGAGCGGGUGCCCAAGAUUGAGCUUAGCAAAAAGACACGCAAAGAGGCUGAACGGCUCAUUCGGCGCGACGCCAUAUGGAAUCCUAACGCGAUUCAAAUCGAUCCAAAUACCAAGAGGUGCCUCGUGAAAGAAAUCACUGAUCUCGGGUUUCGUCAAAGCCAUGUCGAAGAAGCCGCCAACAUUUGCAAGGAUCGUCAGGAGAUCAUCGACUGGCUACUCAUCCACGUUCCAGAGGACGACUUGCCACCCUGGAGUUUACCCGAUGGCUAUGUUGCUGGUAUCAGUAUGGCUAGUUCUAAUCUCAAACGUGAGGGUGCUGUGAACCGUCUUGCUGCAGCAGGAUACUCCGUUGACCUGUGUGAGGAGGCUUACGACAGGCACAACGGCGACGAACGAAAAGCCGCCGCCUUCCUCCAAGCUCGCCUUCUGCGGCCCGAUGAUGACGAUGAGAUCAUUGCGCAAGAGCUGGCUAAUUCUGGCCUCGCAGAAGGUGCUGAAGAGGACGCAGAGGAUGAUCAGUGGGAUGUCGAGAUGUCUUCACUUGAAGCGAUCUAUGACACUUUAUUUUCUCGAUUAUCGGCCACAACCUGCCGCAUCGAGCUCGACGUCAAGCAGCAAGGGAAGCGCCUCAUAUUGCAGGUCUCGAAACCCUUCGGAGCCUACCCGGCUGUUGUACCUCUCAUCACUUUCGAAGCUACGAUCCCCGCUUACAUCAGGUUAAGUAUAAUUCGACAAGCACUUCUGCAUGCCCAGGCUAAUUACAUCGGAAUGCCAAUGGUAUAUGACAUUGUGGAUUGGUUACAACAGAACGCAGGUGAAAUCUUCAAAAACCCGGGUAGGUUGUCUGAUGUCUCGGCUGGCCUUUCCGCCGCGGAUCACUCGGCAGAACAGCAAAGUCACAGGCCAAAAGGGAAACCCAGAGCACGAAAACCUAUUGAUUGGACGGCUGCCACGCCCUCGAAUCAAAAAGUAUUCUCGGAUUGGCAGGCAAAGCAGAGUCUCCCUGCACUUCAAAAGAUGUUAAACGUAAGAAAGAAUCUUCCGGCCUGGAGACUAAGAGAGAAUAUAGUUCGAACUGUGAAUGACUGCCAGGUUACAAUUAUAUCCGGUGAGACAGGCUCGGGCAAGUCAACACAGUCCGUCCAGUUUAUCCUAGACGACUUGACAGAGCGGCAACUUGGUGCGGUUGCAAAUAUUAUCUGUACUCAACCCCGGCGCAUAUCUGCCUUGGGUCUUGCCGAUCGAGUUGCGGAUGAGCGUUGCUCGCAAGUGGGAGACGAGAUCGGGUACAUCAUUCGUGGAGAAUCAAAACAGAAGCCUGGCACCACAAAAAUCACCUUCGUGACAACUGGUGUCCUAUUGCGUCGACUCCAAACCUCUGGUGGAAAUGAGGAUGACGUGGUCGCCUCACUUGCCGAUGUCAGUCACGUCGUAGUUGACGAAGUCCAUGAACGUGGUCUGGAUACCGACUUCGCUCUUGUGUUAUUGCGCCAGGUUCUCCGGCGGCGCAAGGAUUUGAAGGUCAUUCUCAUGAGUGCCACUCUUGAUGCCGAGGUGUUUGAAACAUACUUCAGAGACGUGGGACCGGUUGGUCGUGUUGAGAUUGAAGGUCGAACCCACCCUGUAACGGACUAUUACAUCGAUGACGUUGUGCACUUUACUGGCUUCAGAGGCAACGGCAUUGGGGAUGAUGAUCACGAUACAACGGAAAAGACCAUGUCCUCUAGUCUCCGAAGUAUUGGGUUUGGCAUAAACUAUGAUCUGAUUGCAGAGACUGUCCGUCACAUCGAUCGGCAGCUCGGGUCCAAAGAUGGUGCUAUUCUCAUCUUCCUUCCUGGUACAAUGGAAAUUGAUCGCACAAUCAGAGCACUAGAUCAGUUCCCUAACAUAUAUGCUUUGCCGCUGCAUGCGUCGCUUCUACCCAUAGACCAGAAGCGUGUGUUCCCUCCACCGCCUCACGGAAAGCGAAAGGUCAUUGCAGCAACCAAUGUCGCGGAGACUUCAAUCACAAUUGAGGAUGUCGUUGCAGUCAUCGACACCGGUCGCGUCAAGGAAACGAGCUACGACGCUCAACUCAACGUCGUCCGGCUAGCUGAGACGUGGGCGUCUAGAGCAGCUUGUAAACAACGCAGAGGCCGUGCAGGCCGUGUACGGCCUGGUGAUUGCUAUAAGCUCUACACUCGGACUGCCGAAGAAAAAAUGAUGGAGCGACCUGAGCCGGAGAUUAGACGAGUGCCACUCGAACAAAUGUGUCUGAAUAUCAAAGCCAUGGGCAUCCAAGACGUCUCCGCUUUUCUAGCAUCAGCGCUCACGCCACCUGAAAGCACGGCAGUCGAGGGUGCGAUCAAGCAACUCUCUCAAAUGGGCGCGAUUACUGAUAGUGAGCUGACGGCGCUUGGUCGACACAUGUCGAUGAUUCCCGCAGACUUACGACUCAGUAAACUCCUAGUGUAUGGCGCGACAUUUGGUUGCCUGGAAGCUUCACUCACCAUCGCCUCCGUCUUGACCGCGCGCAGUCCGUUCAUAUCGCCUCGAGAAAGAGACCAAGGAACCCGCGAUGAGUUUGAUCGGCUUCGUGCCUCCUUUUCAAAUGGUCAAGGGGAUCUGCUCGUCGACCUACGUGCGUAUGAACAGUGGUCUGCACUCCGCAGCAAAGGGGUGUCUGCACGCGAUAUUCGCGCCUGGUGUCAGGACAACAGAAUCAAUCCGAACACCAUGUUCGACAUCGCGUCGAACCGAUCGCAGUAUCUCUCCACGCUCAAAGAGAUCUCUUUCAUUCACAGUAAUUACCACUCGAACGACACAUCCUCACACGGCAUGUACAACAAGCACAACGCCAAUGAUGCCCUUCUCCGCGCGCUCAUUGCUGGAUCAUUCAACCCGCAAAUUGCACGCAUCCAGCUCCCUGACAAAAGAUUCGCCGCGGGUAUCGCUGGAGCUGUCGAGCUGGAUCCUGAAGCCAGGAUGAUCAAAUACUUCAACCAGGAAAAUGGGCGUGUCUUUGUGCAUCCAUCGUCUACGCUUUUUUCCUCACAAACCUUCUCGUCUACCGCUACGUUCAUCGCUUAUUUCAACAAGAUGAUGACGUCCAAAGUCUUCAUACGGGACAUUACGCCUUUUAAUGCGUAUAGUCUGCUCAUGUUUGGGGGUCAGAUACAGGUCGAUACUUUGGGGCGCGGAUUGAUUGUUGACGAGUGGAUCAGGCUAAGGGGGUGGGCGAGGAUUGGGGUUCUAGUCAGCAGGCUAAGGGGCAUGUUGGAUAGAGUGUUGGACGGCAUGGUCAAAGAGCCCGGGAAAGGUAUGAGUGUGCAAGAGAGAGAAGUGGUCGAUGUUGUGAGGAGGUUAGUUGAAAGGGAUGGUCUUGAUGCGUAG